AUGGCAAUUAGUGUUGGUGGUGUCAACACUACAAUCAGGUCAAUCUCCAUGGUGAUUAGUGUUGGUGGUGUCAACACUACAAUCAGGACCAUCUCCAUGGCGAUUAGUGUUGGUGGUGUCAACACUACAACCAGGAGCAUCUCCAUGGUAAUUAGUGUUGGUGGUGUCAACACGACAAUCAUGACCAUCUCCAUGGUGAUUAGUGUUCGUGAUCUCCUCACAAUGACCAUCUCCAUGGUGAUUAGUGUUGGUGGGGUCAACACUACAAUCAUGACCAUCUCCAUGGUAAUUAGAGUUGGUGGUGUCAACACUACAAUCAGGACGAUCUCCAUGGUAAUUAGUGUUGGUGGUGUCAACACCACAAUCAGGACCAUCUCCAUGGUAAUUAGGGUUGGUGGUGUCAACACUACAAUCAGGACCAUUUCCAUGGUAAUUAGUGUUGGUGGUGUCAACACGACAAUCAUGACCAUCUCCAUGGUGAUUAGUGUUCGUGAUCUCCUCACAAUGACCAUCUCCAUGGUGAUUAGUGUUGGUGGAGUCAACACUACAAUCAGGACCAUCUCCAUGGUGUUUAGUGUUUGUGGUGUCAACACUACAAUCAGGACCAUCACCAUGGUAAUUAGUGUUGGUGGUGUCAACACUCCAAUCAGGACCAUCUCCAUGGUGUUUAGUGUUUGUGGUGUCAACACUACAAUCAGGACCAUCACCAUGGUAAUUAGUGUUGGUGGUGUCAACACGACAAUCAGGACCAUCUCCAUGGUAAUUAGUGUUGGUGGUUUCAACACUACAAUCAUGACCAUCUCCAUGGUGUUUAGUGUUGGUGGUGUCAACACUACAAUCAGGACCAUCUGCAUGGUAAUUAGUGUUGGUGGUGUCAACAAUACAAUCAGGACCAUCUCCAUGGUGAUUAGGGUUGGUGGUGUCAACACUACAAUCAGGACCAUUUCCAUGGUAAUUAGUGUUGGUGGUGUCAACUCUACAAUCAGGUCAAUCUCCAUGGUGAUUAGUGUUGGUGGUGUCAACACGACAAUCAUGACCAUCUCCAUGGUGAUUAGUGUUCGUGAUCUCCUCACAAUGACCAUCUCCAUGGUGAUUAGUGUUGGUGGUGUCAACACGACAAUCAUGACCAUCUCCAUGGUAAUUAGAGUUGGUGGUGUCAACACUACAAUCAGGACGAUCUCCAUGGUAAUUAGUGUUGGUGGUGUUAACACUACAAUCAGGACCAUCUCCAUGGUAAUUAGGGUUGGUGGUGUCAACACUACAAUCAGGACCAUCUGCAUGGUAAUUAGUGUUGGUGGUGUCAACACGACAAUCAGGACCAUCUCCAUGGUAAUUAGGGUUGGUGGUGGCAACACUACAAUCAGGACCAUCUCCAUGGUGUUUAGUGUUUGUGGUGUCAACACUACAAUCAGGACCAUCACCAUGGUAAUUAGUGUUGGUGGUGUCAACUCUACAAUCAGGACCAUCUCCAUGGUAAUUAGGGUUGGUGGUGGCAACACUACAAUCAGGACCAUCUCCAUGGUGUUUAGUGUUUGUGGUGUCAACACUACAAUCAGGACCAUCUGCAUGGUAAUUAGUGUUGGUGGUGUCAACACUACAAUCAUGACCAUCUCCAUGGUGAUUAGUGUUCGUGAUCUCCUCACAAUAUUAUAA